AUUUAUUUUGCAAAGUGAAAUCCAGAGAGAGGAGAGAGAUGCAAACAACUGUUGCCAAACUGCUGGCAGUAACCUGCGCACACUCAUCAAAAAAUAACAUUGCACCUACCCAGAGUUGAUAGUAGAAUUCGUUUGCGCCCUUUCGGAGGAAACGCUGAAGCCAUUCGAACUCUACUAGUCCCUUGAUUGUCCACACAUGAACUCAUCCCUUUAGCUCCGCCUCCACCCACACACGACUACAUCUAUUCUGGCUUUGGCAGCCGGAGAUGACAUCAAUCUCCUCAUCACGUUGCUAAUAACACUACUACGGGUAUCUCCAAGAUGCCGUUUUAUUGGAUGGCCGUAAAGCCAUGGGUCUCUGACAUGAGAAGAGUUGCUUGCAUUGAGAUUGCAGGCAAGAACAAGAAGCUCAUGGACUUGUCGGAUGUCAAGUCUGUCAAUGAUCUGAUGCUCAAAAAGGCCAUGCCCAUUCGAAACAUCACCUUCAAGUAUGCCAAGGCUGCACCUGAGAAAGACAAGAGCAAUGCAGGAGACUACAAGCUGGAAGCACCCCUGAUUGGCCACAAUGAAACUCUGGGAGAAACCUUGGAAAGAAUGAAGCGGAUCAAAAAGGCCAAGAAAAAUCAGUGCAGACGAUCUUCCUCUGGAGGCAAAGCGGCCAAGCAUCAUCAUCAUACUCAUCAUGAGAAUCAUCACAAGCAGCAGGCCAAGACUCCGUUUGGUACAUGGCGACCCAACAGCAAAGGCAAGGGCAAAGGACCCGAAACACAUACCAGUAGUGAACGGCUGACACCUACCGAAUUGAAGAGUCUAUUGCAAUCCUCAGAAGAAGAACAAGAAGAAGCCAAGAUUCAACACGUCAAGAGACCCUCACUGCCUGUGCUACCCUCUGAGCGACUACGCGCGGGCAAUGAAACCACAGAGCCAUUGUUCCUUUCUGAGCUUGGGGCGGAUCUAGUCAAAGUGGAAGAACACAUUAGUGAUGUAAAAGAAGACAAAGAAGAAGGCGAUGAAGAUGACGAAUCCAUAGAUUCCACCAUGGAAGUUGUGGAGGGUGAUAUAGAAGAAGGUCACGAUGACCACAGCAUUGUGGAUGCUCCGGUGGAAGAUGAUGAUGAUGACGAAGAAGAGGAGGAGGAGGAGGCCAAACAGGCGGCACAAGAUCACCAGCAGAUUCUCCCAACAAUGCAUGUCAGUCAACCAAUCGAAAGAGAAACGACAGCAGAAGACCAAAACGAUUCCGCCAUGGACACCAGCGUCACCUCUGAUCUCACCAAUUCCUUCAGGUCCAUCGUUCUCCCUCCGAUUGCAUCCCAUGAUGAAGAUUACUACUCUCCCUCGCAAUCUCGUACGAAAAGCUGCAUGAGGGUCAAGACCAUGAAAGAAUCCGUGCAAAGGGAUACAUCGCCCUCGCACUCGAAACGCACCAGCCUUGAUUCCCCUCCUUCCGCUCCCUUCCGACGUUCCUCCUUGUCCAGCUGCGACCAAAGCAGUACUUCCGCAAGCAGCAUCAGCAGCAGCCCGGAUGACGACCGUAGUGACAAUUUCUACGAGUAUUACGCCACCAUGUUCAAUGGCAGUAAGGUUGUGGAUGUCAACGACAGUAAGGUCCUGCAGCCGCGACGAGAACUCCACUGGGGCCACAUUGAGAUUCGCGAGUAUGAUAUUUGCCUCGGUGACAAUCCAGCAUGUGCUCAGGGUUGUCCCGUUCAGCUGGAUUGGAGCUACACCGUACUACAAGAGCCUCUGGCCUUGGAUCUCUACGUGAAGCAACGUCCACAUACAAGGCAUCAACGGUUGCGUCGUCUCUCCGGUCGUCGACGCCAACAAAUGUUGCUGGAUCUGGGAUACUCACCCGAUCAGAUGAAAAAUGUCAUCAAUGCCAAACUGUUCGAUCAAAAGAAACGAAUUCAGACCGUGAGCCGCCUGAAGUACAUGAAGUUCGAUGAACAAGUCGAAAAGAUUGUGCGAGUAUUUCCACAAGUAGUGUAAGUUCAUGUAGACUUUGUAAUAAGACCAU